AUGUCUCAAUUCGAGCUCUCCGUGGCCACUCGCGCCAGCGGCGCUGAGCUUCUGCCUGUGGUGCUCAUUGCUGCUUCUAUCAAUGAGGCUCGCCCAACUCCCGUCAUCAACAUCUCCUACAAGGAUACCGCUGUUCUGACCGAAGGCGAGAAAUCCGUGAUUGAAUUCCAAGCUGGCGAUAAGACUGUCCACGGCACUAUUCCUAUCAUCCAGGAGCUAUGUGCGCAGUUCCCCUUCCUUGUUGGCAAGGAUGCUAAGACUGAGAAUGAAUGGGUCAACAAGCUUGGCUCUUUCUUCACUCUGGACUUCAAGGCCCUGGACCCCGAUCUCCAGGCCCUUGACACCCACCUUCUCCUCCGAUCCUUCGUUUCCGGAUACUCUCUAUCCACACCCGAUAUUGUGCUAUGGGGUGCUCUCCGCGGAAACCGAGUCGCAGCUGCCGCCCUCAAGCGAGGUGUGAUGGUGAAUUUGACUCGUUGGUACAAGUUUCUUGAGGAAUUGUGCCCAUGGGCCGCUUCCGCUGUCGACUCUCUGAACGCUGCUGCACGCGAGAAGACUGCCGCCAAGUCCAAGAGUGGAGCCAGCUACGACAUUUCCCUGAAGAAUACCGACAAGGGUGUCGUGACCAGAUUCCCUCCUGAGCCUUCUGGAUACCUUCACAUCGGACACGCGAAGGCUGCUCUUCUGAAUGACUACUUUGCCCAUGAGAAGUACAAUGGUACUUUGCUCCUGCGUUUCGAUGAUACCAACCCAUCGAACGAGAAGCAAGAGUUUCAAGAUGCCAUUGUGGAGGACCUUGCCUUGAUGGGUAUCCAGCCCAACAAGGUCAGCUUCACCAGUGACUACUUCAAGGAGCUUUAUGAUUACUGUAUCCAGAUUAUCAAGUCUGGAAACGCAUAUGCCGAUGAUACCGACAAGGAGACUAUGCAAAAGCAGCGCUGGGAUGGAUUGCCUAGCGGCCGUCGUGAGAUGAGCCCCGAAGAUACACUGGCCCGCCUCGAGGAGAUGAAGACUGGUUCUCCCGAGGGCUCUAAGUGGUGUAUCCGUGCAAAGAUCUCUUUUGACGACAAGAACAAGGCCAUGCGUGACCCUGUGAUCUACCGUUGCAACCCUGCUCCUCACCAUCGCACAGGCACUGCCUGGGCUAUCUACCCUACCUAUGACUUUGCCUGCCCUAUUGUGGAUUCUAUGGAGGGUGUCACCCAUGCUCUGCGAACCAUCGAGUACCGCGAUCGCAACCCGCAAUAUCAAUGGAUGCUGGAUACCCUGAACCUCCGUACCGUUCAGGUCUGGGACUUUGCUCGUAUGAACUUCGUUCGUACCCUCCUCUCCAAGCGUAAGCUCACAAAGCUUGUGGAGAGUGGCAUUGUUUGGGGAUGGGAUGACCCUCGUUUCCCCACCAUCCGCGGUGUCCGCCGUCGCGGUAUGACCAUCCCUGCUCUCCGAGAAUUCAUUCUGAAGCAGGGUCCAUCCAAGAACAUCACCCUCUUCGAGUGGGGCGCACUCUGGGCCACCAACAAGAAGUACAUUGACCCGGUCGCUCCCCGCCACACUGCCAUUGAGAGCGAGGGUAAUGUGAAGGCUGUCAUUACCAAUGCCCCUGCUCCAUACACCGAGAAGCGCCAGAAACACGCCAAGAACCCUGCCGUUGGUGAGAAGACUGUCGCUUUCUCUUCCACCGUCCUCCUCGAGCAGGUCGAUGUCAAGACCUUCAAGCAGGAUGAGGAGAUUACCCUUAUGAAUUGGGGUAACGCCAUCGUGCGCAAUAUCUCUACUGAGGGUGACAAGGUUACCGGCUUGGAGCUUGAGUUGCACCUCGAGGGUGAUGUGAAGAAGACAGAGAAGAAGGUUACCUGGUUAGCCACUGAGGGCCAGGAGUUGGUUCCUGUGGAGCUGGUCGAUUUCGAUCAUCUUCUUAAGAAGGACUCCUUGAGCGAGGAUGAUGUCCUUGAGGAUAUUCUCAACUUCAACACCGAGUUCCGUGUUAGUGCCUUGGCUGAUGGUAACAUCUCUGCUGUGAAUGUCGGCGAUAUCUUGCAGUUCGACCGCAAGGGAUUCUACCGUGUGGACCGCGUUCCCGCCCCUGGCGUGCCAGGUGUCUUCUUCAACAUUCCUACCGGAAAGGACAAGAAAUAA